CACAGAUACAAGUGCAUGUCACAUAGCUUCACAGGAGUGGUCACCAAUUCACAAUGAACAAACCCCUCAAAGCAGGAUGAGGGAGUGGUGGAUUCAAGUUGGGCUCCUGACAGUGCCCCUCAUUGCUGUCUAUCUCCACAUCCCUCCACCUCACAUUUCUCCAACCCUUAAUUCCUGGAAAACUGCUGGGGCCUUUUUUACAUUCAAAGGAAACCACAUCUUUUACAGAGAGUCCUUGGGUGCAGUAGGAAGUUCUGAUGUGGUUGUGCUUUUGCAUGGAUUCCCAACAUCAAGUUAUGACUGGUAUAAGAUAUGGGAUGGUCUCAAUCAGAGGUUCAGCAGAGUGAUUGCACUGGAUUUCCUAGGUUUUGGUUUCAGUGACAAACCUAGGCCUCAUCGGUAUUCCAUCUUUGAGCAGGCCAACAUUGUGGAAGCACUGAUGGCACAUCUGGGCCUGCGUGAUCAGAAAAUCAAUAUCCUCUCUCAUGACUAUGGAGACACAGUUGCACUGGAACUCCUCUACAGGAACGAACACAAUAAAACUGGACAUUUAAUGAUCAGCAGCCUGUGUUUGUCAAAUGGAGGCAUCUUUCCUGAAACACACUAUCCAAGAUUCCUACAAAAGCUGCUUAAAGACAGUGGGGUUCUCUCUCCAAUUCUGACCAGACUAAUUAACUUUGUCGUCUUCUCAAAGGGAAUUGGUGCUGUUUUUGGUCCAUACACUCAGCCAACAGAUGGUGAAUUCUGGGAUAUGUGGACAGGGGUCCGUGUAAAUGAUGGCCACCUUGUCAUGGACAGUAUUCUGCAGUACAUUAACCAGAGGCUGAAGCACAGAGACCGAUGGGUUGGGUCCCUCACGACUACCACAGUACCUUUACAUCUGAUUUAUGGACCGCUGGACCCAGUGAACCCUCAUCCUCAGUUUAUUACUCUGUACCAAAAACUUGUUCAGAGGUCCACAGUGUCAGUUCUUGAUGAUCAUAUCAGUCACUAUCCACAGCUGGAGGAUCCCACAGGCUUCAUGAAUGCUUACCUCAGCUUUAUCAACUCUUUCUGAUCAUACACUACUGCUUUGUUUAAAGCUUUAGAUUACAACUAAUAUGGCUUCCUGAAAACUAAACAAGAAAUGAUUUUGCAUUACUUUGCCACCAUAUUAGGAUAUGUGGUGGAUUUAGUAGGUUGGGUCUCUUCCUAUUAUGAUCACAAACUAAAAUGCAUGUUGUACAAAUGUUACAUGGAGUGCCUCAAUUACUGACAUCCUGUAUCUUCCAGUUUAAAUUGUAUUGUAACUGUUAAGAUGCAUAGAGGUUUAAAGAAUGUUGAGUUGCAUCCCCUCCAACCCUUUAAAAUAGUGGUCAACAAUAUGAACGUUUGACAUCGAUAUUGUGCAUGUGUUUUGAUUAUAUAUAUAUAUAUAUAUAUAUAUAUAUAUAUAUAUAUUACACACACACACACACACAGAUAUUUACAUAUGAAAAGCAAUAACUUACUUUUCUUAGUGAUCCUUGGAAUAACACCCUACAGCUAGCCAAUAGUGUCAAACUUAAUGCUGAAUGCAAAUAGUGUUUGGUACCCAAAUAUCAAUCAGUGAAGUAAAAUGCUUAAGUAAUACUGUAGUGUGCAGUGUUUCUUUGUCUUUGAGAUUGAUAAUGAUUGUUAUGGAUAGGGUCUAUUGUAAUUCAAUAUAAAAUAACUUGAUUAUAUUGCGUUAGUACUGUAGCAGCAUUCGCAUUAAAAAGCAUAUCUCUGCAAGCAUUCCUUGCAUUUCUUUAUGGAGGGUAUGUAGUGUGACAUAUGUAGUGUGGUUUUGCUAUGCUGAAAAAUAAAUCCAUUACAGCAUAGAAAAUUGAUAUUGUUGAAACUUCAAGAACACUGAUGUUUAGCUUAGUUGUUUAUUUCAACAAAAGCUCUCAAUUUUCGUUGAAAAAGUUACUGAUAAAGCAAAUACCUUAGAAUUCCACGAUAUCGCAGUAUGGAAAUUAUCUGUAUCGAACAAUAUCGAUACCAUCACAAUAUCAAUAUUGGUGCCUAUCACUACUUUUAAAGUACUUUUCAAUUCAAUAAAUUAUUUAAUACCUGAACUUCAAAAUGACCAAAUAAAUGAGAUGGAGUUCAAUUAUACAAAUACAGUAUGUAGCAAACAAUAAAUGUAGAAUUCAAGCAUAUCAGUAAUCAAAGAAACUACAAAUAUCAGAUUCUUUAAGACCUCCAGCACUAAGCCAGCGAAUUGUAUUGAAACGUGAACUUCCAGGGGUAGUGGAUUCCCUGUUUCAUGAGUGUUGUAUGUUCAUACAAUAGUGUAUACUAAUA